GUAGUUCUCCGCACUAGAACGAAUCUGCCAUGUGAAAGCUCAGUAGUUUCUAUCUUUUGUGCUGAUUGAGCCAAAAUGAUUCAUCCUUUCAGAGCUUCUCCUAUUCCUCUAAGGGCUCAACACGUUCCAGUUCCACCACCUCUUCCAACAUUUCAACGUGGUAAACCAUUCUUGGGAUCUUUUGCUCUCGUAAAGAUGGUGGGGUAUAUGGCUUAACCAUUUUCUUAGUGCUUUUUGGGUGCUUUUUUUGCUGGGAAUUUCAAGCUUAGGGUGGAAAUCAAGUGUGAUCUAAUGUAGUUAUCCCUUUUACCCGGACCCCCUAUCCUUAUCUGCCUUUUUUGCAUUUGCUUUAACUAAUGCACACCACCUGUUUGAUAUUUGUCCUCAUCCAAAUUUUCUCUCUGUUUUUGCUUCUUCUCAUAUAUAUGGCUUCUGAGAUGAUGGUUUGAAGCAUCACAGCAAUUGAUUUGUCUUUCAAGCAUCACAAUGAGCAGGCGUCCUGAGCUUCUUGACUUGAUUUCUGGGGACAGGGAAUGGGAGUUGAAUAGAAUUGGUGUUGGGAGUUUUGUUAGUGAGAACAAUAAACUUGAGCUUAGACUUGGAUUGCCUGGAGAAGAGAGGCUUGCAGAAGGAAGUAGCUGCUUGAAUUUUAGCCAUGAAAGUGAUGAAUCCCUUCUCUCUUCUGCUAAGCUCUUUCCUUCUUGUUUGAACGUUAGAGGCAACAAAAGGGCGCUUUGUGAUGAAUUCCAACCCCAUAAGCUGGUUUUUUCUGAGAAAACAGCUGAGAAGGUGGCUCCUCUCAUUCACUGUCUUGGUGCUUCCUUACCAUCUUCAGCUUUUCAGAGGGAAGCCCAGAAGCUACCUCAGCCAUCACAGUCGUUAUAUUUAGAACAUUUGUUGAUGCCUCAGAGAUUGGACUUGGUGUCAGAGGAGCCAUCAAAGUCAUGCAGCUUGAAAACAGCUGAGUUUCCAUACUUAACUGAGAAAUCAUGUCUCAAUAAUGGGUCAGUUCCUGCAGAAUCAUCUGAACCUAAACACCAUGACAAAAGGGCUUCAGUUGCAUCAGCCGUUGGUUGGCCUCCCAUCCGUUCUUUCAGGAAGAACUUUGCCGGCCCCCGCUCUUCAAAGCCUAACUCUCUUGUGUUGUCAAAAGAAGCUGUGCAGGAUGAGAAUGGCUCAAAAUUAUCUCACUGUUCCAACGGACAAAUGUUUGUGAAAGUUUGUAUGGAUGGGAUUCCCAUUGGAAGAAAACUGAAUCUCCAAGCCUAUAAUGGUUAUGAUCAACUGUCUGCUGGCAUAGACGAACUCUUCCACUGUCUUCUUGCAGCACAGAGAAACUAUCUAGCAGCUGAAGAUGGGAGAAAGGUGGAGGAAACGACCUCGUUAUCUGAUUCCAAACACGAAAACGGGCUGUACACUCUAGUUUACUAUGAUAAUGAAGGAGACAGGAUGCUUGUUGGUGAUGUCCCAUGGAACAUGUUUGUUUCCACUGUGAAGAGGCUACGUGUGUUAAGGAGUGCUGUUGUUGCCACUGAAAUGAAGUGAAACUCCUUUCAAAAUUCACACACUUCUGAAAGGUACUGGAAAUGUUCUUGUCAAAUCUUUCCAAGUCUUGGCUCAGAAUAGCAGCAAUUUUGAGCAGCAAUGGCAACAGUUUAUGCCAAAGAGUGAUACCAAGUUAGGAUUUUCCCAUAUAAGUUUUCAUUUUACUAGCUGCAACCUGUAAGCGCAGCCUUGGGUUUCAAGGUUGAGGCAACUGCUACCCUGUGUGUACAUAUUUAUAUUCUGUAUAUUCUGAAAUACGAGUUCUGGUUGUGAAUUC